AUGGUGUGGAUAAAGGCCAAAAAGCAGGGGGAGGUUUCCAAAAAUAAAACCCUCCGGUUUCCUCCAGAAGUCUUCAGUAAGAGGCGAGGAGGCGCGAAGACCAGGAGAAAACGAGCCGCCUGGCAGAAUCUGGAGCGUAGACGGCGGGCAUCGGGCGCGCCAACCCCAAGUUCCCAAGCGCACGGCUUCACCGCCGCCCCCCGCGUCAUGAGGCCAUCGCCGGCCACCCGUUGCUCCGGAUUUGUCCUGCGGAACCCCUGGAGGGACUUCUUGCCGCUCCUCCUGGUUCUCUUCGCGGGCAUGGGUCAAGCCCAGAGGGACCCCAUGGGGAGAUACGAGACAGCUGGCAGAAACGCGAAUCGGCUGAGGCGCCCUGGGGGCAGGCACCCCACGGCAUCCGCAGCAAAAGUGUACAGUCUGUUCCGAGAGCAAGACGCGUCCGACCUGAGAUUGACUGCCGCUGAGAGGGCGCAGCCGGGCUGGGGGAGCCCCAGAAGUCUCGCGGAGGCUGAGGCCAGGAUGCCGCCCCGCGCGCUGCAGCCGCGCCGUGUCCAGCCACCUGCGCAGCCGCGGAGAAGCAGUCCCCUGCGCCAGCAGCAGUCCGCAGCCCAGUCCCCGGCUGCCUGGGCUCGAUCUCGCCCCCGGACCUCGCAGCGGCCCGGGACUGCGCCCCCAACUCCAACGCGAGGGCGGCUCACGGGGAGGAACGUCUGCGGGGGACAGUGCUGCCCAGGGUGGACGACAUCGAAUAGUACCAACCACUGUAUCAAACCUGUGUGCCAGCCACCAUGCCAGAACAGGGGCUCUUGCAGCCGACCCCAGCUCUGCAUCUGCCGCUCAGGCUUCCGUGGAGCCCGCUGCGAGGAGGUCAUUCCUGAGGAGGAAUUUGAUCCCCAGAAUUCCAGGCCAGCACCUCGACGCUCAGCUGACGGUUCCCCCAAGCUGCUCAGGAGCAGUGCAGCCCGAGAAGGCACCUCAGCCAGAACUCAGCCACAGACACCACAGCUACUGAUGGCCAGGACACUGAGUGGAUUCAGCCAGACCCAGCCCUCCCAGCAGCAAGUGGGGCUGUCCCGGACCGUCCGACGUUACCCGGCUGCCGCUGCCACUGGCCAGCUGACUUCCAAUGCCCUGCCUGUGGGACCAGGCCCUGAGCAAAGGCAUGGCGCCCAGCAGGCAGCACAUCUUGGCCAUGUUUCAUCCCCCUGGGGGCUGAACCUCACGGAGAAAAUCAAGAAGAUCAAGAUCGUCUUCACUCCCACCAUCUGCAAGCAGACCUGUGCCCGCGGGCACUGCACCAACAGCUGUGAGCGCGGCAACACCACCACCCUCUACAGCCAGGGUGGUCCUGGGCAUGACCCCAAGUCUGGCUUCCGCAUCUAUUUCUGCCAGAUCCCCUGCCUGAACGGAGGCCGCUGCAUCGGCAGGGAUGAGUGCUGGUGCCCGGCCAGCUCCACCGGGAAGUUCUGCCACCUGUCUGCCCCCAUACUGGACAGAAAACCUCCAGAGGAGGUCUUGAACCACAGAGCCCUGUUGGAGAGUCCCCUGAAGCAGUCCACCAUCACAUUACCUCUCUCCAACCAGCUCGCCUUCGUGAACCCCUCCUUGGUGAAGGUGCACAUCCACCACCCUCCCGAGGCCUCGGUGCAGAUCCACCAGGUGGCGCGGGUGCGGGGCGAGGCUGUGGAGGCCCGAGAGGAGAACAGCGUGGAGACCAGACCCUCGUCCCGGCUCCCUGUCAGCCCGGGCCACAACCACUGGGACAGCAAUAGCAUCCCCACUCGCUCUGGAGAGUCCCCUCGGCCACUGCCCCCCGCGGUACCCAGACCUCACGGACUGCUGGGCCGAUGUUACCUGAGCGCUGUGAAUAGGCAGUGUGCCAACCCCCUGUGGGAGCUGACCACCCAAGAAGAUUGCUGUGGCAGCGUGGGAGCCUUCUGGGGGGUGACCUCAUGCUCCCCGUGCCCACCCAGACCAGCCUCCCCAGUGAUUGAAAAUGGCCAGGUAGAAUGUCCCCAGGGAUACAAGAGACUGAACCUCACUCACUGCCAAGAUAUCAAUGAGUGCGUGAUCUUGGGCCUCUGCAAAGACGCAGAGUGUGUGAACACCAGGGGCAGCUACCUCUGCACGUGCAGGCCUGGCCUCAUGCUGGACCCUUCGCGGAGCCGCUGUGUGUCGGACAAGGCCGUCUCCAUGCGGCAGGGGCUGUGCUACCGGUCGGUAGGGCCAAACACCUGCACCCUGCCUUUGGCCCAGCGGAUCACCAAGCAGAUAUGCUGCUGCAGCCGUGUAGGCAAAGCAUGGGGCACUGAAUGUGAGACUUGCCCCCUGCCUGGCACAGAGGCCUUCAGAGAGAUCUGCCCGGCGGGCCAUGGCUACACCUACUCAAGCUCAGACAUCCGCCUGUCCAUGAGGAAAGCUGAGGAGGAGGAACUGGCCAGGCCCUCCAGGGAGCAAGGGCAAAAGAACAAUCGGACCCUGCCUGGGCCAGUGGAGAGGCUGCCACUCCGGGCGGCCACUGGCACCUGGCUAGAGGCCGGGACUAUCCCUGACAAGGGUGAUGCUCAGACUAGCCAGGUCACAACCAGUGUCACCCAUGCACCUAUCUGGUUCCCAGAUGCUGUGGCAAGACCCACACCACCACUACCUGGACAGGUGAUUCCAGAGACCUGGGAGAGAGAGCAAGUGACCUUCCCCACUGACAUACUGGUGGCCCUGGGCCCCCCAGACAUUGAUAGCUGUGCCGCCACCGGAACCACCAACAUCUGUGGCCCAGGAACCUGUGUGAACCUCCCAGAUGGAUACAGAUGUGUCUGUAACCCUGGCUACCAGCUCCACCCCAGCCAGGCCUACUGUACCGAUGACAAUGAGUGUCUGAGGGAUCCCUGCACAGGAAGAGGGCGCUGUGUCAACCGUGUGGGCUCCUACUCCUGUUUCUGUUACCCCGGCUACACGCUGGUCACCUCAGGGGCCACUCAGGAGUGUCGAGAUAUAGAUGAGUGUGAACAGCCAGGGGUGUGCACCAGCGGGCAGUGUACCAACACCGAGGGUUCGUACCACUGCGAGUGUGACCAGGGUUACAUCAUGGUCAGGAAGGGACACUGCCAAGAUAUCAAUGAAUGCCGUCAUCCUGGCACCUGCCCUGAUGGGAGAUGUGUCAACUCCCCCGGCUCUUACACUUGUCUGGCCUGUGAGGAGGGCUACAGGGGCCAGAGCGGGAGCUGUGUAGAUGUGAAUGAGUGUCUGACCCCGGGGGUCUGUACCCAUGGAAAGUGCAUCAACCUGGACGGCUCCUUUAAAUGCUCUUGUGAACAGGGUUACACGGUCACCUCAGAUGAGAAGGGCUGCCAAGAUGUCAAUGAGUGUGCCAGCCGGGCUGCGUGCCCCACUGGCCUCUGCCUCAACACUGAGGGCUCCUUCGUCUGCUCAGCCUGUGAGAGCGGAUACUGGGUAAAUGAAGAUGGCACUGCUUGUGAAGACCUAGAUGAGUGUGCCUUUCCGGGAAUCUGUCCCUCGGGGAUGUGUACCAACACUGUGGGCUCCUUCUCUUGUACGGACUGUGAGACUGGCUACAGACCCAGCCCCCUGGGCCGCACCUGUGAAGAUGUGGAUGAGUGUGAAGAUCCCCAGAGCAGCUGCCGGGGAGGCGAAUGUAGGAACGUGGUCGGCUCCUACAAGUGCCUCUGCCCCCAAGGCUUCCGACUGGUCAAUGGCACCGUGUGUGAGGACGUGGACGAGUGCGUGGGGGAGGAGUACUGCGCACCGCACGGCGAGUGCCUCAACAGCCACGGAUCCUUCUUCUGCCUUUGUGCGCCAGGCUUUGCCAGCGCGGCCGGGGACGACACCAGCUGCCUGGAUGUGGACGAGUGUGCCGCAGCAGACCAGUGUCCAGAAGGGCAUUGUGUCAACACCGAGGGCUCCUUCAGCUGUCUGUGCCAGGCUGGCUUCCAGCCCUCCCCGGAGGGUGGGGAGUGUGUGGAUAUCAACGAGUGUGAGGACUCUGCGGGCUCCGUGUGUGGAGCCUGGAGGUGUGAGAACAGCCCUGGCUCCUUCCGCUGUGUCCUGGCCUGCCAGCAGGGCUUCCACAUGACCCCGUCUGGAGACUGCAUCGAUAUAGAUGAGUGUGCCAAUGACACCGUGUGUGGGAACCAUGGCUUCUGUGACAACUCUGACGGCUCCUUCCGCUGCCUCUGUGACCAGGGCUUUGAGACCUCGCCCUCAGGCUGGGACUGUGUUGAUGUAAACGAGUGUGAGCUCAUGCUGGCCGUGUGUGGGGCUGCGUUCUGUGAGAAUGUGGAGGGCUCCUUCCUAUGCCUCUGCCCCAGCGACCUGGAGGAGUACGAUGCUCAGGAGGGGCGCUGCCGUCCGCGGGCGGCUGGAGGUCAGAGUAUCUCUGAGGCUCCGACAGUGGACCACCCCGUCGGUCCCAUCCGCAUGGAAUGUUACACUGGGCAGGAGAGCCAGCUGCCCUGUUCCAGCAUCCUGGGCCGUAACACCACACAGGCCGAGUGCUGCUGUACCCAGGGCACCCGCUGGGGAGACGCCUGCGAGCCCUGCCCAGCAGAGGACUCAGUGGAAUUCAGUGAGAUCUGCCCCAGCGGUAAAGGCUACAUCCCUGUGGAAGGUGCCUGGAUGUUUGGACAGACCACGUACACAGAUGCCGACGAGUGUGUGAUGUUUGGGCCGGAUCUCUGUCAGAAUGGCCGGUGCCUCAACACAGUGCCCAGCUACAUCUGUCUAUGUGACCCCGGCUACCGCUAUGAUGCCUCCAGCAAGAAGUGUGAGGACCAUGAUGAGUGCCAAGCCCUGGCCUGUGAGAACGGCGAAUGCGUGAACACAGAAGGUUCUUUCCACUGCUUCUGCAGCCCCCCACUCGUCUUGGACCCUGGCCGGCAGCGCUGUGUGAAUAGCACCAGCAACGUGGACGACCUCCCUGACCAUGACAUCCACAUGGACAUCUGCUGGAAAAAAGUCACCAAUUACUUGUGCAGCCAGCCUCUGCGUGGGCACCGCACUACAUACACAGAAUGUUGCUGCCAGGACGGCGAAGCCUGGAGCCAGCAGUGUGCCCUGUGCCCCCCCAGGAACUCUGAGGUCUACGCUCAGCUGUGCAACGUGGCACGCAUCGAAGCUGAGCGGGAGGCCGGGGUCCUCUUCCGGCCAGGCUACGAGUAUGGCCCUGGGUCUGAUGACCUGCACUACAGUCUCUAUGGCCCUGAUGGAGCCCCCUUCUACAACUACCUGGGCCCUGAGGACAACAUCGCUGAGCCACCUUUCCACACGGCCAGCCACCCAGGGGACCGCACAACCAUCCUGGAGUCUCCCCUGCAGCCUCCAGAAGCCCAGCUGCACUAUGUGGCCAGCCAGCCAGGUCUGUGUGGUUGUAAACAAGGAAAGCUGCGCGCAGAAGCAGUUUCACUUCCUUCUCCUGUUAGUCAUGAGGAAGGGAAAAGACACACCAAGUCAGACGUUCUCCUCACAUGGGUCACUCAGGGUCAACUCCAAAUGCCUGGGUCAGACCUAAUGACCCCAUAUGAGCAGGCCGGCUUCGAGGGGCUUCAGGCUGAGGAGUGUGGCAUCCUGAACGGCUGUGAGAAUGGCCGGUGUGUGCGUGUGCGGGAGGGCUACACCUGUGACUGCUUUGAGGGCUUCCAGCUGGACACAGCUCACAUGGCCUGUGUGGACGUGAAUGAAUGUGAGGACUUGGAUGGACCUGCCGCGCUCUGUGCCCAUGGUCACUGCGAGAACACGGAGGGUUCCUACCGCUGUCACUGCUCGUCAGGUUACGUGUCCAUGGCAGACCCCCCGCACUGCGCUGCCGAGGAGUAG